UUUUUUAAAAAAACGAUGUUUACAAUAAAAUAAAUUUAUUUAUGGGCUUAAAAUAAAAUGACAUUCAAUUUGCAACUUUUAAUAUUCCUAACAUAUCAGUUAUCAGAAGUUAGCAGCAUAUGGAAUAUUUGGCAUUUUUGGAAGUUUCCAGAAUACAAUAAAGACCCAAUAUCGUACAAUAAUUUUUACGAACCACAAAUUACAAAAAUCACGGCUAUAUGCAGCGAUUAUCAAACAAAAUUAUACUUUGAUUUCGAAAGGCCAUUUUAUGGCGCGAUCGAGAUCCCAUAUAAUUAUGUCGAACGAUAUUUGGGGAAAUUUCCGUAUACACUCCAUAUACGCUAUAAUCGCAAAAACGACAAUGCAAAGCAAUGUGGCAUCGAAAUUAGAGGAAAGCAAAAUUUUCAGCACACUUUUAACAACGAAAAUUGUGGAAUUUAUACAAAACAGAUAUUCAAUGGGAACAAUAACGAUACUCGCCAAAAAAUAAUUAAACUGAAAAUUAGGUAUUUGAACAAAAGUUGGCGUGAAAAAUCGAUAUAUUGUAAAUGAAUUAGCUACAUUUGUAGCGUUUAUUUCAU